CGGGACCAAAGAAGCAGGUUCCCUCUCUUCUAGCCAUUCAAAAAUAGUGAGAAUGGGGUUGUUGAAGAAAAAACACGAGAAACAUUCACAUCCGACAUUUAAGGGUUUCUUAACGGCCGUUUUAGCUACCAUAGCCGCAAUGUUCCUCUUAUUGCUCGCCGGUUUAUCCCUCGCUGGCACAGCCGUGGCAUUUAUCGCCACUAUGCCGCUAUUCGUCGUAUUCAGUCCGGUUCUCGUACCAGCUGGUAUUACCACUGGUUUGCUAGCUAUGGGUUUAGCCACCUCGGGCGGCUCCGGUUUGACGGCUCUCAGCAUCAUGUCGUGGCUCAAGUUCUCCAGGUGGCCAUGGAUCGCACUGAAUAAAUGAAAAGAAGCCGUGGGCAUAGUCAAAUGAUGAUAUGAAAUAAUUGAUAUAUAGUUAUUAUAAUUUCCUAAAUUAAAUCUAGUUAACCCAACUUUUCUUAGUAAUAAUUAUUACGUGGGGGUGGAACUAGAGUUUUCAAAUAGCAUCUUAUUAAUGUAUGUCGUGGUACACAAUAAUGAAAAAUGUAUGCGUUUUCGCUACCUACUGCUAUACUGUACUCUACAACUAUACAAGUAUUGUAUAUGAUAUCUAAUGGUAUAUCAUUUUGAAAACGAAAUAAUGUCAUUAAUAUUUA